AUGUCCAAGAAAACCUUCCACAGUCUUUGGGAAGCCAUUCAAGACGACGAGGCUUUCCACAACAAUUCAAGGAAUCCUCAGGAGCACUCGGCAUACCAAUUGUACACCACCUUGGUUCGCUUGGGACGACGAGGGAAUGGCAUGUCCCAUGGAGAGGUUGCCAAGAAAUUGGGGAUCAAAGCUGGUACAUCAUUCCUAUGGACUAUGAGAACUCUGGAGGCUAUUCACAGGUCCCUUGGCAGUAAGAAGUGUAUUUCUUGGCCUGAUCCCAAAGAGAGAAAGAGGAUUCGCAGGGAAUUUGGCCUGACAUCUCCUUUUAAGAAGUGUGUGGGCCUUAUUGACAGCACUCUAAUUGAAUUAGAGUAUGUCCCUGGGCGCGAGGAUAAGUGCCUGUGGUAUUGGAGGAAGGACACCUAUGGGUUCAACGUCCUUGUAGUUGCAGACCAUGAGUGUCGUAUCCGUCUGAUACAAUCGGGAUUCCUGGCAUCAAGCCAUGAUCAGCGAGUCUAUCGUAACACUCGAAUGUACCAGGAACCUGAGCACUACUUUUCUGAUGGCAAGUACCUCCUUGCGGACAGUGGCUUUACACCCAACCCAAAUUGUGUUCCAAACUACAAGAGCAAUGCUGGAGGUCGAAACAGGCAUGCAGGUGCAGUCAGAGACCACAAAGUCUUCAACGACCACAUCAAGAAGGUCAGAGUGCACAUAGAACACACCAUUGGCUACUGA